AUGUCAACAUCAGCCAACACGGACGAUCGAAUCAGUAAUAAACUCGUCGAUCAUUCACUCGCUGUUAACCAAUUCCAACUCGAUCAUCUGAUAAACUAUUUAAAUCAAUUAUUACCUCUAAUCAUCAGUGCAACUCCAGAUCAAUUAUCUUCUUCUCCCAUCUUCACCGCACCCGAUUCACUUGAUAGGUUAUAUAAAUUCGGAACCGAUCAAAAUUGUAGAGCAAUUUACCUUUCCAAAACUCGCGAACAGCAACUUGCCUCUCAAUCAACUUUAAAUCAAGUCGUCACAGGGACUGAACAAGAUGCUACAUUCGCAUUCGUCUAUACCUUCAAGACUGAAAUCGAUUAUACUUCAACUACUGUCACCACUCUAGCUUUCAUCAAACGAGUACCUACCCUCGAUUGUUCUAGACCUCUCGAUCAUCAACUUCAUUUUCUAAACCUCUUUGGUCCAGCAUCCAAUCAACUUCCUAUCGUCAGUACUGCUUCUUCGACUACUGAACUUACCAAAGACACGAGUAAAGAACCUACAAGUACUGCUACGACUGCUACCGCCUCUUCAAAUCCAUAUGAAGAACUUCAUAACUUGGUACAUCUAGCCGUCGCGCCUUUCUUUGAUGCCUACGUCAAUAGCAAGAAUCGUUCCAAAAAUCUAAGCGAUGGAGGCACCAAUCAAAGUAUCAGCAACGUUGCUGAUAGUGAUACUAAGAUGGGUAUCCCGAUGGCGAAGAAGAAGUUUGCAGAACUCGAACUUUCGCUAUUACAUCUUCAACAGAAUGUCGAAAUUCCAGAAAUCACCUUAAUUAUUCACCCAAUCAUCCUCAACGUGAUAGAUCGCGCUCGAAGAGAAGAUCCAGACGCGAUGAGACAUGGUAACAAUAUACAUUUCAUGUUAGAAUUGCUCGAUCCAAGUUUACUCAAAGAUGACAAAUUCCUCAAUAAGUUGCAGUCGUUGGUUAACACUUGGAUCAAGGAAAUUCAAAACGUCACCAAUCUAUCACGAGAUGUUGAAUCUGGGACAGCAUCUCAGGAAAUCAAUUUUUGGCUUUCGAUGGAGAAAGCCCUGCAAGGCGUGGAGGAACAGCUUCGAUCGGAGCCUAUUACUUUGACUUUGGAUAUUCUCAAGACAGCAAAGCGAUAUCACACAACCGUUUCUUUUUUGGCCGACACUGGCUUGAAAGAGGCUAGCGAUAACGUCCACAAGUACAAUGUCCUCAUGAAGGAUUUUCCCUUGAAUGAACUUUUGGCCGCUACGGAUCUCGGCAAGAUUCAAGAGUCGCUAGUUCAGAUAUUCAGCCAUAUUAACAAGAAGCUCAAAAUUUCCCCUUAUCCUAUUCGACGGGCUCUUCCUCUGGCGGAGGCGAUCUCAAAAGAUCUUACCGAGUCGCUCUUGAAGGUUUUGACAAGUCACAGGUUGAUGUAUACAGAAUAUUCGACUUUCUCCAAAAUUAUGGCCGCUACAGCUUCCGUCUGUCAAACAUGGGAAGAACAGAUCAAGGAUUUCACUACAAUUGCUAGGGAAUUGACACGCAAGAGGAACGAAAAAUUUAUUCCGAUCAAAAUCAAUGCCUCACAUCUCGAACUCAAAGAACGAUGCGAGUACCUGAAAGGUUUUAGAAAACAACACGAACAGUUGAGGAUCAUGACCGGGCGCGAACGGAGAACUGAGGGUACUCAAAUUAGUGGACUUAUGGACCUUGAUAUGGAGGAGGAAGUUAGAGCGGCUUACGAGAGUGUUAAGAACGUUGAGGUUCUUGAUACUUCGCCUGAUGGUACCCAGAUUUGGAGCACGGCUGAAGCGGCUUACAACGAACGGGUGUCACGUGUGGAAAACCAAAUUAUCUCAAGGCUACGCGCAAGGCUAGCAUCAGCUCGAAAUGCAACGGAGAUGUUUCGGGUUUUCUCCAAGUUCAAUGCUUUGUUUGUACGCCCGAAAAUUCGGGGAGCCAUACAGGAAUAUCAAACUCAACUUAUCGAGUCGGUGAAAGAAGAUAUUGGUCGAUUACACGACAAGUUUCGAACUCAGUAUCGUCACUCGGAGGCUUAUCCAAUGUCUCAGCUGCGUGACAUCCCUCCGGUUGCAGGAGCCAUUAUAUGGGCUAGGCAAAUUGAACGCCAGAUGUUAACGUACAUGGGUCGGGUCGAAGAUGUCUUGGGUGUAGGAUGGGAAAAUUACGCCGAAGGCUCAAGACUUGCGAAUGACAGUAGCAAUUUUCUCAAGAAACUCGACACUAAACCGAUCUUCGAACAGUGGGUCAAAGACUGGAACAAGCGAGAUAUGAGUAUCACUGGCCCGAUCUUUGAAAUCCAAAGGAACAGGUCAACCGGGAUUUAUACGUUGAUUGUUGCGUUCAACCCGGACGUGAUUGUCAUCUUCAAGGAAGUUCGAAAUCUCUCGUGGUUAGGAUACAAUGUCCCUUAUCAACUUACUUCGAGUGCUAAGGACGCCAAGAAAGUCUAUCCGAACGCUGUUAGCUUGAUGGAAUCCAUCCGGACUUAUGCUCAGACAUUGGCCAAGGUGACCGAUAUAAGUGGAAUCGCGGAUCUAGUAGCUGAUUAUCGUAACGAUCUGUGUCAAAUGAUCUCUCGUGGUUUGAAUAUGAGAUGGGAGAAUUUCGUUGGUACGAUGCUCGACAGUGCCGUGAGUGGCGGAUUGGCCAAUUCGCGACUGGGUACUGUAGGUGGAGGAGAUCGAGAUACAGUAGGUGGAAGGCAAGGAACGUAUGUUCGAGAUUUAGCCAACAAGGUUGGGAUCUUUCAAGAACGAACCGACGAUCUUUUGAUCAUGUAUGAGGACUUGCUAAAAGUCAUCGAUGAGCUCGCCUCUUGUGAAUACAAAGCCGAUGUAUUUGCUGUCUUGUUGAGCAAGAUACAGAAGACGAUUGAUGGCUUGAGUGUCACCGGUUAUGUGAACUUACAAGAAUGGACUAAAGAGAUCGACCGUAAAAUCGAAAAUGUGUUCUUACGUCGACUCGAAAAUGUUAUUCAAGUCUGGAAUCAGCACUUUGACGAAAAAGCCAAGCGAGCUACUACCACGGGUCAAGUUGAAAAUACCACAGUCAUGGAAUCCGACUUUCGCGUUCUUCCGCUCGCACACGAGAUCCGGAUCCGCAAUCAAGUUAUCUAUCUUGACCCACCGAUCGAGGCUGCGCGGGCCAAUUGGUACAAGCAACUUCAUCAAUGGCUUGGCGUAAUUUGUAAUUUGCCAAGGAUUCAAAGUCAAAGAUAUGACCUGGGACUCAAACUUCGAAUUGAGGAUACAGUUGACAAUACUUAUCUUUCAUUAAUGGGUAAAUUUAGUGAAGCGGAACUUCAACGACCAUAUGCGUUGAUCGAAGAGAAGGUGAAAGAAAUCUCACGAUACCUUCGCAAGUGGCUGCAAUUUCAGUCACUCUGGGAUCUGGAGGCAGACUAUCUUUACGGGCGUCUGGGCGAAUCAUUAUCGGCUUGGCAACAGGCGCUCUCCGAAAUUCGAAAGACUCGUUCGACUUUUGAUAAUUCGGAGAGUUUACAAGACUUUGGUGUCUGUGUAAUUCAUUACGAGCAGGUUCAGGCGAAGGUUAAUGCAAAAUACGACAUGUGGCAAAAAGAUGUACUCGUUAGAUUUGGUGCGAAAUUAGGGGCUGUGAUGAGGGAUACUCAUACUGCGAUCACCAAAUCAAGGCAUGAUCUGGAACACCAUUCAAUCGAGACUUCUUCAACCGCUCAAGCGGUCACAUUUAUUACCUUUGUACAAGAUUUGAAUCGUAAAGUCAAGAAAUGGGAACCUGACAUCGAGAUCUUUGGUAGCGGUGAGAAAACUUUACACCGACAGCGGUAUCAAUUCCCAUCCGAUUGGUUAUACGUCGACCAGAUCGAGGGCGAGUGGAAUGUUUUCAACGAGUUAUUGAAAAGGAAGAAUUCGGCUAUUCAAGAGCAGAUCGGAGGUUUACAAAUGAAGAUCGUAGCGGAGGACAAGGUGGUACAGAGCAAGAUCGAAGCCCUGGUAGCUGAUUGGGAAAAGGAAAAGCCGAUAAGUGGAGAAUUGAAGCCAGAUAUCGCCAUGAACGCCAUCAACCUUUUCGAAACUCGGGUGAAUCGGCUGAAAGAUGAACAUAGUCAAGUUUGUCGAGCUAAAGAAGCACUUGAUCUUGAGCACACUUCCAAUGAACGACUCGAACCAGUGGCUGAAGAGAUCUCAGACCUCAAAGCAGUUUGGACUGCUCUGUCUGGAAUUUGGGCUCAGCUCGCUGAACUUCGUGAAAUGCCCUGGUCUUCUGUUACGCCUCGAAAACUCCGACAAGCUUUGGACUCACUUUUGGCUAGUACGAGAGAAAUGCCAAGUAAGAUGCGACAAUAUCAAGCAUUCGAGUUUGUUCAAGAAAAAAUUCGAUUUCAUCAGAAGAGCGUCGCCCUCGUCGGCGAAUUGAAGUCAGAUGCGCUUCGAGAACGCCAUUGGAAACUGUUGUACAAAAACCUUCGAUUGCCUGGUCAUUACGCUCCCUCUCAAAUGACUCUAGGAACAAUCUGGGAUAUGGAUUUGAAGAAGAACGAAAGCCCGAUCCGACAGGUUUUGGCGCAGGCUACUGGGGAGGUCGCAUUAGAGGAAUAUAUCAAACAGAUAAAAGAGACUUGGGAGAGUUAUGUUUUGGAAUUAGUCAACUAUCAAAACAAAACAAGAUUGAUUCGAGGAUGGGAUGAUUUAUUCAAUAAGUGCAGUGAACAUACUAGUGCGUUGAGUCAGAUGAAGCUCUCACCUUAUUACAAAACUUUUGAAGAAGACGCCUUGAUAUGGACGGACCGUCUUAACCGGAUGAGCGAGAUGUUCAAUAAAUGGAUCGAUGUUCAACGUCAGUGGGUUUAUCUCGAGGGUAUCUUCUCAGGAAAUGCGGAUAUCAAGCAUCUGCUUCCAAACGAGAGCAACCGUUUUACGAACAUCAACGCCGAAUAUCUUGGAAUUAUGAAACGAGUCUUUAAGUCUCCUUACGUGUUGGAUGUGCUUCAAAUUCCAGAAGGUCUCAAGACGCUCGAUAAAUUACUCGAAUCGCUCAGUAAAUUACAGAAAGCGUUAGGCGAAUAUCUUGAACGUGAAAGAUCGUCUUUUCCACGAUUUUACUUUGUGGGAGACGAGGAUCUGUUAGAGAUUUUAGGGAACAGUAAAGAUAUCUUGAGGGUUGUCAAACAUCUCAAGAAGAUGUUCGCUGGUCUCUCAACCUUGACUUUCGACGAGGAAAUUACUCGGAUUGAAAAGAUGUGCUCAAGGGAAGGAGAAGAAGUCCCAUUCUCGACCCCGAUUAUCUUGAAAGACUUUCCCAAAAUCAACGACUGGCUGACCAAACUCGAGUCUCAGAUGCAAAUCUCGUUGGCCGAAUUAUUGUCGAUGGCGAUGGAUCAACUGGCUACGUUUUAUAGCGAGGGUGAUGAAUUGAAUCAAGAUCAGUUUUUGGAGUGGAUCGAGUCCUUCCCGGCUCAAUUGGUGGUUCUCGCUGUCCAAAUCAUGUGGACGCGGAUCGUGGACGACACGCUGAAGACGAGUGUGGGAUUAGAUAAAGCGCUCGGGAUAGUUAUGCGAACGUUGGAUCUCCUUGCCUUCGUGGUCCUAGGUGAACUGAAGCCGGUGAUGCGACGAAAAUGUGAACAUUUGAUCACCGAGUUGGUACAUCAACGAGAUGUGAUCCGGCUUUUGAUUAAGGAUGAGGUCGACUCUGUUACGCGCUUCGAGUGGCUCUACCACAUGCGUUUCUAUCUCGAUGCAUCUGUGUCGAAUCCUACGGAGCGGUUAUCGAUCCAAAUGGCCAAUGCCGUGUUUCCUUACGGUUUUGAAUAUCUCGGCGUACCCGACCGACUUGUUCAAACACCUUUGACGGACCGUUGUUAUCUCACACUCACCCAGGCUCUCCACGGCAGAUUAGGAGGUUCACCUUUUGGACCGGCAGGUACAGGUAAAACCGAGUCUGUCAAAGCACUGGGUGUUCAGCUCGGACGUUUUGUUCUAGUCUUUUGUUGUGACGAAACGUUUGAUUUUCAAGCCAUGGGUCGGAUCUUCGUGGGACUCUGUCAAGUCGGAGCUUGGGGUUGUUUCGACGAGGCCAAUCGAUUGGAAGAGAGGAUAUUGAGUGCCGUCUCACAACAAAUUCAGAGCAUUCAGCACGGUUUACGUGCUGCAUCCAUCGAUCCUAAAGCCGAAGUGGAAUUAGUUGGGAAGACAUUGAGGAUCAACCCGCAUACCGGAAUCUUUAUCACCAUGAACCCUGGGUAUGCCGGACGUUCGAACUUGCCCGAUAAUUUGAAAAAGUUAUUCCGAAGCAUGGCGAUGACACGUCCUGAUCGAGAGCUGAUCGCUCAGGUCAUGUUGUUCUCUCAAGGAUUCAGAACUGCUGAAACUUUAGCGUCCAAAGUUGUACCUUUUUUCAGCCUAUGUGACGAGCAAUUAUCACGACAACCGCAUUACGACUUUGGUCUUCGGGCCCUCAAGGCUGUACUAACCAGCGCCGGACAUUUGAAACGUGGUCGACUUCAGCUGAAGCCAACCGAUGAACCCACCGACGUCUCCGAUACUCGUGCCGAACAGGAGAUCCUAAUUCAAAGUGUUACAGAAACCAUCGUACCAAAACUGGUGGCAGACGAUGUACCAUUGUUGACCAGUCUGUUAUCCGAUGUUUUCCCCGGGGUCGAAUAUCUUCCCAGUGAUCUCGAUAAGCUCAAGGAGCACAUUGCAGCAGUGGCUGCCGAACGCCAUCUGGUUGUGGGCGAUGUAUGGUGUCAAAAAGUGGUCCAAUUGUACCAGAUUCAGAACAUACAGCAUGGUCUGAUGAUGGUUGGUCCCGCGGCGACUGGGAAAAGUCAAGCUUGGCGUGUCCUCCUUGCUGCCCUUGAACGAUUUGAAGGACGUGAAGGCGUUUCCUACGUCAUCGAUCCUAAGGCGAUUUCAAAGGAUGCCUUAUACGGAACUCUUGAUCCCACCACGCGUGAAUGGAAUGACGGUCUUUUUACAAAUAUUCUACGUAAGAUUGUCGAUAACGUGCGUGGUGAAGAUGCCAAGAGACAUUGGAUCAUCUUUGAUGGUGACGUGGAUCCUGAAUGGGUGGAGAACUUGAACAGUGUUCUGGAUGACAACAAACUCCUUACCUUACCCAACGGUGAACGAUUGAAUCUCCCUCCAAAUGUGAGGAUAAUGUUCGAAGUCGAGUCUCUGAAAUACGCGACUCUAGCUACGGUCAGUCGUUGUGGAAUGGUAUGGUUCAGUGAAGAUGCAGUGACGCCGGCAAUGAUAUAUCAAAAUUACCUAUCAAUGAGCCACCAUCUCGCUCUAGAUUCCUUCGACGAUGACACCUCGUUGAUGGAUGCACCAGCUCGCCGACUAGAUGAAGCCAGUGAAGUUUCGCAGAACCUUACAACCCAACGACAAAUCAUCAAGGUAUUGACGCCUCAUUUCGACCCAGAUGGAUUGGUGACGAGGGCGCUCGAGUACGCAGCUGAUGUUGACCACAUUAUGGAAUUCACCGUCGCACGUGCCUUAUCCACCUUGUUCUCCUUGGUCAACAAAACCAUCCGUAAUGUUUUGGACCACAACACUCGGCAUCCAGAUUUCCCAUUACAGAUGGAACAAAUUGAAGCCUAUGCGACUAAAAGACUCCUAGUAGCAAUUGUAUGGGCAUUUACUGGAGACUCAAAGCUUGACACGCGUGCUCGCAUGGGCGACUUUCUUCGAGACCACUCCGGAUUGGACAUGCCGCCAUUGCACGGACCCGGAGCUUCACUUAUAGAUUAUGAUGUUCAAGUGGCGUCUGGUGACUGGGUCGCUUGGCAAAACUCGGUACCUGUUGUCGAAAUCGAUACCCAGCAGGUCACAGCUUCCGAUGUCGUGAUCCCAACUCUCGAUACUGUUCGUCAUGAGGAGGUUCUUUAUUCAUGGCUUUCCGAGCACAAGCCUCUCAUGCUUUGUGGCCCGCCUGGUUCGGGAAAGACAAUGACUUUGUUCAGUGCGCUUCGAAAAUUACCAGAUAUGGACGUCGUCGGGCUCAAUUUCUCGAGUGCUACUACGCCAGAAUUGGUGCUCAAAACUUUCGAUCAACAUUGCGAGUACAAGAAGACUCCUAAUGGCGUGGUAUUAGCUCCAAUCCAGAUUGGAAAAUGGAUUGUCGUCUUCUGCGAUGAGAUCAAUUUACCGGCGGCGGAUAAAUACGGCACUCAGAAGGUGAUAUCUUUCCUUCGACAGCUAGUCGAAGGCGGUGGAUUUUGGCGACCUUCGGACAAAGCAUGGAUCAGAUUGGAACGUAUUCAAUUUGUAGGCGCAUGUAAUCCUCCGACGGAUCCUGGACGAGUCCCCCUCUCGCACCGAUUCUUACGACAUGCACCUUUAGUCAUGGUCGAUUAUCCCGGCGAGGCGUCCUUGAAACAAAUCUACGGUACCUUCACUCGAGCCGUCUUGAAGGUCGUUCCUACGCUUCGUGGGCAGGCCGAACCUCUAACAUCAGCCAUGGUCGAGUUCUAUCUUGCCUCCCAGAAACGAUUCACGUCUGACAUACAAGCUCAUUACGUAUACAGUCCUCGUGAGCUGACGAGGUGGGUUAGAGGUAUAUAUGAGUCAAUCCGACCUUUGGAAACGUUAUCUAUGGAAGGUCUGGUUCGCGUUUGGGCACACGAGGCACUGCGUCUCUUUUCAGACAGGCUAGUGUCUGAGGAAGAGAAGCAAUGGACGGAUCAACAGAUUGACUCGACUGCUCUGGCAAAUUUCCCAACAUUGAAUGUUGAAGAAGCGCUUACGCGACCUAUCUUAUUUUCGAAUUGGACAUCCAAAUAUUAUAUUAGUGUCGACCGAGAAGAACUGCGUGAAUACUCAAAGGCUCGAUUGAGAGUCUUCUACGAAGAAGAACUAGAUGUUCCACUGGUUCUGUUCAACGACGUAUUGGAUCACGUAUUGAGAAUCGAUCGAGUCUUUAGGCAGGUCCAGGGACAUCUGCUACUCAUUGGAGUGAGCGGAAGUGGGAAGACGACCCUAUCACGUUUUGUAGCUUGGUUGAAUGGACUAAGUGUGUUUCAAAUCAAGGUGCACAACAAAUACACAGCUGCCGACUUUGAUGAUGACUUGAGGAACGUUUUAAGGCGCUCCGGUUGUAAAGCGGAAAAAAUAUGUUUUAUCAUGGACGAGUCAAAUGUACUGGAUUCGGGGUUCCUUGAGCGAAUGAACACAUUACUCGCCAAUGCCGAGGUCCCAGGGUUAUUCGAAGGGGAUGAACACGCGGCGCUAAUGACCGCUUGCAAGGAGGGUGCUCAACGAGAUGGUGUGAUGUUAGAUUCACCAGAUGAGCUGUACCGAUGGUUCACGCAACAGGUUGCCAAAAACCUUCAUGUCGUGUUCACCAUGAAUCCGCCGGAGAACGGACUUGCUUCACGAGCUGCCACAUCCCCUGCGCUUUUCAAUCGAUGCGUGUUGGAUUGGUUUGGAGAUUGGUCGGAUCAAGCAUUCUACCAAGUUGGAAUGGAAUUCACGAGUUCCCUCGAUCUUGACGCGAGUCAUUACUCGCCACCCAUCGACUUUCCAGUAGUAUAUCGACAUCUCUCAUUGCCUCCGAUCCAUCGGAAUGCGAUCAUCAAUGCUCUAGUAGCCGUUCAUCUAUCGAUGUACGAGACUAACCGACGUCUGGCUCGACGACAAGCUAGGUUCAAUUAUGCUACUCCUCGUCAUUACCUCGAUUUCAUCAAGAACUACGUCUCAUUAUUUAACGAAAAGCGUGAUGAUCUGGAAGAACAGCAACGGCAUCUUAACAUUGGGCUGGAUAAGCUUCGUGAUACAGUGGUACAAGUUGAAGAGCUUAGAAAAAGUCUUGCGAUUAAGAGCGCCCAAUUAGAAACCAAAGAUAUCGAGGCCGAAGCGAAACUUAAUCAGAUGCUUGAGGAUCAAAAGCAGGCCGAAACCAAGAAACAGGCUUCAAUACAAAUCCAGGCGGCCUUGGAACAGCAGAACAAGGACAUAGCUGAACGUCGAUCGGUGGUAAUGAGAGAUCUUGCUGAUGCUGAACCAGCAGUCGAAGAGGCCCAAGCGGCUGUUAGCAAUAUCAAAAAACAGCAUCUGACCGAAGUGAGAUCCAUGGCCAAUCCGCCCGAGGCUGUUAAACUUGCGAUGGAGUCUGUCUGUACCGUUCUCGGACAUAAAAUCGAGAGUUGGAAGAGCGUUCAAGGUAUCAUUCGAAAGGACGAUUUCAUCGCCAGCAUUGUGAACUUCGACACUGAUCGCCGGAUGACCAGACAGCUUCGAGAGAAGAUGAAAGCUGAUUUCCUGUCUAGACCAUCUUUCAAUUUCGAUACUGUCAAUCGCGCCAGUAAAGCAUGCGGACCCCUGUGCAAAUGGGUAAUUGCUCAAGUCAAAUUCUCUGAAAUUCUUGACAAAGUUGGCCCCUUGAGAAAUGAAGUACAAUCACUGGAAGAUCAAGCGAGCUCUACACAAGAUCAAGCUGGAACGAUUGUGACGAUGAUUGCAGAACUUGAGGCCAAAAUCGCUCGUUAUAAGCCCGAGUAUGCUACACUGAUUAGUGAGACCGAAACAAUCAAGAACGAAAUGAAGCGUGUGCAGAGUAAGGUGGAUCGCAGUAUCAAACUGUUAGACAGUCUAGGAUCUGAGAAGACACGUUGGGAAGCUGGAAGUGCUACAUUUGACACACAGAUGAGUACAAUGGCCGGCGAUGUUCUCUUAUCAGCUGCCUUCAUGACGUAUGGAGGAUUCUUUGAUCAAAGUUAUCGUGAAUCAAUGUGGCAAGGAUGGGUCGAUCAUCUCAAUCAAGCCAAUCUUAAAUACAAGGCGGAGCUGUCACUCACUGAAUAUCUUUCGACAGCUGAUGAUCGGCUCGGAUGGCAAUCCAAAUCUUUGCCCGCCGAUGAUUUAUGUACUGAAAAUGCUAUUAUGUUGAAGCGGUUCAAUCGAUACCCCCUUAUCAUUGAUCCAUCUGGCCAAGCUACCACUUUCUUGAUGAACGAAUACCGAGAUCGGAAGAUGACUGUGACUAGCUUUCUAGAUGAAGCGUUUGUCAAGAACUUGGAGAGUGCAUUGCGAUUUGGUACACCUUUGUUGAUUCAGGACGUCGAACAUCUCGAUCCAAUCCUCAAUGCAGUCUUGAAUAAAGAACUUCGAAGGGCAGGCGGACGUGUGCUGAUACGACUCGGUAAUCAAGACAUUGAUUUCUCUCCUGCCUUCACUAUGUUUCUCUCCACUCGAGAUCCAUCGGUGGAGUUUUCACCCGAUAUCUGCAGUCGAGUGACGUUUGUGAACUUCACCAUGACAAGAGGCAGUCUUCAAAGCCAAUCGUUGAAUCAAGUUCUCCGAGUCGAGAGACCUGAUACAGAUAAAAAGCGAACUGACUUGAUGAAGUUGCAGGGUGAAUUCAAACUACGAUUAAGACAUCUUGAGAAAUCCUUGCUUCAAGCCCUCAGUGAAUCCACAGGAAAUAUCUUAGACGAUGAUAAAGUGAUUGAUACUUUAGAAACCCUCAAGCGCGAAGCUGCUGAAGUUGGUCGAAAGGUUGAAGAGACAGAUAUUGUGAUGCGUGAAGUGGAUGAAGUGACAGCAGAAUACCUCCCAUUGGCACAAGCCUCUAGCUCAAUCUUUUUCGUCCUCGAACAACUCAAUGUUCUUCAUCACUUCUACCAAUUCUCUCUCCGAUUUUUUCUUGAUAUCUUUGAGUUUGUCUUGCUUCACAAUCCAAACUUGGCCACGAUUCAAGACCCUCGACAACGACUCAGCAUAUUACUUAAUGACUUAUUCGUGAUCACUUUCAAACGUACAUCUCGCGCGCUACUUCACCGCGAUCAUCUGAUGUUAGCUAUGUUAUUGGCGCAGGUCAAGAUUCGAGGUUCAGGUGAUGAAUUCGAUGAAGUAGAGUUUGCUUUCUUGUUGGAGGGCGGUGCUGAACGGAACAGUCGACUCCCUACGUCGAUCUUCCCAUUCCUUACAUCCGACCAACAGACUCGUCUUCAAUCCUUCCAAAGACUCGCAUGUUUCAAAGACGUCGUGGCUCAUAUGUCGGCUGAAUCUGAGACAUGGGAGGCGUUCUUGGCGUCUUCCCGCCCUGAGAUGGUUGUACCUGAUAUAUGGCCCGAGGCACCCAGUUCUACUUCCGCUAUUCGGAAAUUGUUAUUGAUCAAGUGCUUCAGACCCGACCGCCUGUUGGCGGCACUUGGUCUUCACGUCAGCCGUACCUUUGAACUUGAUAUCAUAGCCGAGGCAUCUUAUGACUUUGACACGAUGGUCACUGGCGAAAUUGUGUCUUCAACGCCUGUAUGUCUGUGUUCCGUUUCUGGAUACGACGCGAGCUACCGCGUGGAGAAUCUUGUGUCGAAUACCAAGUCUCGAUGCGUGUCAAUCGCUAUGGGCUCACAAGAAGGAUACGGACUAGCAGAACAAGCAAUCGCGACCGCAGUAAGGACUGGCUCAUGGGUACUUUUAAAGAAUGUUCACUUGGCCUCAAAUUGGCUCAGUACACUUGAAAAAAGAUUGCAAGCCUCGAACCCACCCAAAUCUUUCCGUCUGUUUCUAACAAUGGAAACCAACCCCAGCAUUCCAGUUAGCAUCUUACGUCAAUCUCGGAUAAUCAUGAACGAACCGCCCCCUGGAAUCCGUGCGAAUUUGAUUGAUUGCUUGAAAAGCAUACACCCUUCCCGUGUGGCUACUGGCCCCAACGAGAAGGUCAGAUUAUAUUUCCUGCUGGCUUGGUUCCAUGCAGUCGUUCAAGAGCGUUUGCGUUAUUGCCCACUUGGUUGGUCUAAGAUCUAUGAAUUUAAUGACUCUGAUCUAGAGGCAGCAAUGUCGAUGAUUGACUCAUGGAUGACAGCGACAGCGAAGGGGAAAGCCAACAUCGAUCCGGCUCAGCUACCAUGGGCAGCACUGCGCGUACUCCUGAAACAAGCCGUUUACGGUGGCCGCGUCGAUUCUGAUUGGGAUCAGCGUUUGCUGGAUAGCUUCGUGGACAAUCUAUUCAAUCCAACCGCAUUCGAAGUUGGAUACCAAUUAGUGCAUCCACUGGCCGAUGACAACGGCUUGGUAAUUGCAGAAGGUGCAAGGCUAGAUCACUUCGUAACGUGGGCUCAAGCACUACCAGAGAGAGAACCGCCUCACUGGCUAGGGCUUCCGCCCAAUGCAGAAGCCUUGGUUGCUGCAACGCAAGGAUCGGAACUGUUAUCUCGACUACUCAAGAUGCGCAGCACGGACGAAGACGAAUCUGUAGGAGAAGCGAUGAACGAAAAACAAACGCCGGAGAGGAUGGGACAACCCAGCUGGAUGCGAGCGCUCAGAACCACUGCUUCGGACUACAUGAAACAGCUCAGUGAAACGCUCUGCAACAUGGACCCAAGGUGCCAUGAUGCCAACGAUCCACUGUUUCGAUUCUUUUCUCGAGAGGUUCGACUGGGCCAAGACUUACUGCGAGUCAUCCGACGAGACCUUUCUGAUCUGGUAUUGGUUUGUGAUGGCGAAGUGAAACAAACCAAUCAUUUGCGCACUCUGAUUCAGGAGCUCACCACUGGAUCAAUUCCAUCACAUUGGAAAAAGUACAAAGUCAACCCCUCCAUGUCACUGUCGCAGUGGAUCUCCAACUUCAGUAAUCGAAUUCAGCAACUCACCCGACUUGCCACCUCUAAUGACUUGACUAGUCUCACUAACCUAGGACUCUUGUUCUUUCCCGAUGGAUACCUCACUGCUACACGGCAAUAUGUAUCUCAUCGCACAAAGACAUCCCUCGAAGAAUUGCGCCUGCAGCUUAUCCUUCACUCCUCUGACGUGGAAUCUUCAGAGGAUGGCUUCCGAUUAGAGGGACUUACUCUACAAGGUUCAUCCUUUUCCGAAAGCACCUUGAUACUCAAUGACGGAAGCGAUUCUGCGCUCGCCACGUCCCUUUUGCAGUGGACCAAGGAGCCUUCGGCAGCUACGCGCAUGGUCCAGGUCCCCACUUAUCUUGACUCCUCUAGAACACAUUUGUUGUUCACAGCUACAAUUCCAUCGGAAGAAGAUCAAGGUACAUUGGCACGACGUGGUAUAGCUAUCCUUGCAGCUUAGUCUUGCAGGUUGUGGUUUUAUUGUGUCUGAAUGUCUUAUGUGUUGUUUUGGCACGCGCAUCGGGCGCAAUGACCCUAUUGUACAAUGCGAUAAUUUUCAUCGUUAUUACUUUCAGCUUUUCCUUAAUUAAGAAAGAUUUCCCAAUUUGUUUUAUUGUAGUUUGAUUAUUGUAAUAUAGAGUUUUAUG